GCUCGCUCAUCGCACCGAACGCUGAAUUGUGGCGAUUGUGUUGUGUCUUCGUCUUCUCGCGAGGAGCAGUGCGCAUCAAUUGUGUCGUGUCGUUCGUGUAAAACCCGUGCUAAUGUAAGCUGGCAACUGCUGUGCUAAUGCUGCAAACAAGCACUGGGCAGCAUAAAUUGUACAACAUUCGCCGUACCACAGCACUACUGUAGGUGAAAAGUCUUACCCGUACUUGUUUGCACUGUGACUGCGGCCUGUGUGUGUGUGUGUGCGUGCGUCCACCAAGGGAAGAGAAACGCGUAAACCUCUUUUGCGAAGAAAAACCGGGAGAGUGUCCGCUGGGUAGAAAAAAAAAUCUUCACAGCCAGCUUUUGGGCGUUGGACAUCCGGUCAACUUGUUUGGAGGCAGCGCCGUGCAUUUUUUUUUGCAGCACAGCACCGUGAAAAUGCAGCCAAAUUGAUCCAGUGGGUGAAAAGAACGCCCACCACCCACCGGCAAAAAGGGCCCCUCCCGUUGGGGGGCAAGUGAAUCGAAGUGCGUGCGUAUGUUGUAAAAGUGUGUGUGUGCCUGUGCGCAUGUGUGUGUCUAUGUGUAUGUGCAUGUGAAAAAGAAGUCUAACUUAAAAAGAAGAAGAAGAAGAGUGGUAGUGUCCCGUAGGCGCACUAACACAAAACGCAACGUCCGCGCGAUGGCCGACAAAGGAACGAAAUUCGAACGGAUGGCCAUGACCAAACCCGUCCCGAUGAAGCUGUUCGCCGCCUGGGAAGUGGACCGGACUCCAUCGAACUGCAUUCCAAGAUUAUGUUCGUUAAAAAUUACCCGCCUGUCCCUGCUCACACCCCUGCCGGCCGAUCUAACGUCACUGUCGCUGGCGGUUCGAAUGCAAAGCUCAAAGCGAACGCUUCGCUCGCACGAAAUCCCGGUCCCACAGUCGCUGAGCGCCGGGUACGGCAGCACCGGUGUGAUCGGCACCGGUAGCAUCACGGGUGGCGCAGUCGGCGGAGGCCUGACCGGCGGUACAGGGCUGGCCGGUGGAGGUGGCGUUGGUGGAGGCGUCGGCGUCGGUGGCGGUGGCGGUGGCGCCGGUCAGCUCAACUCGCCGCCACUGCUGGAGACGGAGCUGGACCUGCACUUCAGCCUGCAGUAUCCGCAUUUCAUCAAGCGCGACGGCAACCGGUUGCUGAUACUGCUCCAGCGCCGCAAAAAGUACAAAACGCGCACCAUCCUCGGCUACAAGACGCUGGCCGAGGGCGUGAUCCGGAUGGACGCGGUGCUGCAGAAAUCGAUGGACAUGACGGUGGAGCUGAACGGGUCGGGGAAGGCGGGCCGGGCCGGGCUGACGAUAGCGACGCUGCGCGCCACCCAGGUCACGUCGAUCCCGGUCGACCAGGACAACAAGAACAACAACAGCCUGCUGGUGACGGACCGGGUGAACGAGUACUCGGACGAGGACGAGGAGCAGGAGUUCAGCUCGGGCGACGAGAACGACGAGGGCCUGUCCGGGUACGCGGCGAAGCGCAACUAUGCCGGGAAGCGCGAUUCGUACAAAAAGUUCGAAUCGGGCGAGCAGGACGGCGAGCAGGAGGAUGGCAACAUGCUGCCCUCGAACCAGGCCGACAGCGACAGCGAUUUCGACAACAUGGGCAAGGAAAAGUCGCGGGGGAAGAUGAGUCGCCAACGGAAUUUCAAGCAACGCAUCAUCUCACUGCUCAAACGCUUCAAGGUGCCGGAAGAGCUGGAGGGCGACGUGCGGGAGCGGGGCCCGGCACUGCGCGGCAAGCGCGAUCUGGACGCCCUGUUCCAGGAGCUGGAAUCGUUGUCCUGCGGCGAAGGGGACGACUCCGGCCAGGACAUGGACAGUCUGUCCAUCGGCUCGACGCCGAAGCCAUCGUUGAGGCCAUUCUUUGAGCACUCGGGCAAGCCGGUCCUCACGCAGCAGCAUUCCUCGAUACAGCUAAGCUCGAUGCAGAAGGGCGGCGGCGGUGUUGGUGGUGGUGUUGGUAAUAAAGAUUUUAUGCCAGAAAAGAAACCCAAUUUAGAGAAGCGUGACUCGCUCGCCGAAAAGAAAAGCAAUUCAAUAACAAUUGCCAAUAAUCUUAUUAAUAGUAUGAACGGCAACAGUAUUAAUAACAAUCAGACUAGCAAUUACAGUAACAGCCAAGAUCGAUCCGGUGACUGGAAAAACGAUAGCUCCGGCAACGAGGGUGGCGCCGGCAACACGGACCCGGAAGCGCUCAGUUCCGAUCCCCAGAACACGGGCAGCCCGCCGAAGGAGAAGGAGACGGCGGUGGAGAAGAAGAAUCGCCUGUUUCGCACCAGCAGCAGCACGCCCAACAGUGCCAAAAAGCAGAAACAGGUGCUGAGCUUCCAGAUGGACCAGCACGGGCAGCAGCAGGGGCAGCAGCAUCACAACCAGCAGGGGAAACCAUCGCCCCUCGAGACCUGCCUGUCGCCGACGAAUGUGGAGCCGCGCAAGUCGCUGCUGGAGCAGCUGCAGCGCACGUUCACGACGGAAGAGUCGGCGCUGCCGGAGGUAGUCACGAUCGUUAGCCCGCCGGAAGCGAGCACCAUGUCGCUCACCCCACGGCUAGCGUCGCUCAUAUCGGCCACGUUUCGGCCCACCUUUCAGCCCAACAAUACCGCCGAGGUGAAAGCAAUAACGCAGGCGCUGAUGAACAAAAUUCAGAAGUACUGUAACUCAACGGCCAAACCGCCAACCACGGUGAAGGUAGUUCUAGUCGGAGGGGACUGGUUGCAGGGCGCCGUGCUGCGACACUACGUAGAGCUGUUGGGCAUACGGCCACCGGACUGGGUAAACCAUAUCAGAUUCUACAUCGUUCCUUUAGGAUCGUGCGCGGUCGCUCGCUACAUCGGUAUGAUCGAUUCGAGCUACCUGGGCAUGUUCGGUACGGAGAGCUGGCAGCAGAUCUGUGAUCGAGCGGCCAAUCUCGAGAGUGCACAGUCGAAGAACGAGUCGGCCGAGUUUAUCAACCGGAUACAGCGGUACCUCAUAUCGGGCGGACCGUGCACGCAAGUUCCUAUUGCCGAGGCGAUGGUUAACUAUCGCGAUGAAGACUCUUGUCAAAUAUUUGUACCGUUUGUUAGUGACGUAAGAAUUGGCUGUUUAGAAGGGCCGCAGGUGUCGCUUGAUCUCGACGAAUCGUUCACGUACGCUUCGCAGGGCAGUGCCGACCGGAUGCUGUCCAGUUCGCCGCCCCAGAGCGGUCGCACCUCGCCGCCCGCUUCGCAAACACCGGGCGCCAUCGCCCAGCUGCAGCAGAAAGAUCUGCAGCAGCAGCUGCAGCAAUCGUCCUCCUCGUCCUCCUCGCAGGUGCAGGAGUCGCUCGAGCUGCAGGUUGACUAUUGGCCGCUGGCUCGGCCCAACUUCGACCCGAAGGAGAAAUUGCUCGGCAAGGGCCAGGACCCGUCCGGCAAGAACAGUAUUAAGAGCACGUUCCGGCAUUUGCAGGUGUGGCGACUACCGCAAGCUCCAAGCUUUGGCGAGUUUACCAACGGCUUAACGUUGAGCUUUGCAACCAAGGAGAAAAAGCAAAAAAUAAUGAGAUUAGGCAAAAAGAAGGAGAAAGAUCGCGAUGCUGAAAAGGAGCAGUGCGUCGAAGGGGUGGCCCGGUUAAUCUGCUCACCGAAACAAUCGCAUCCGGUUCCUUUGCGAGUGUACAUCGACGGUACCGAGUGGACAGGGGUGAAAUUUUUCCAACUUUCGUCCCAGUGGCAGACGCACAUUAAGAACUUCCCGAUAGCGCUGGUCGGUGCCCCACUGGCACCGGCCGAAAUGCUAACCUAGUCAGCUUCAUCCUCCGUCUUGACGGAGCUACUACCUACUCCAACAUCACCGGCAACGCCCUCGAUCCUCCACCCGACGCGCGCCGGCCUGGCCGCGUUCGAACCGGCACUGGCAUCCAACGCGUCCUUCAAGUUGCCACCGCUACCCCGUUCCGCUGGCUGUGAACCGCCAGCGAAUACGCCGUUCCCAUCAUCGGCAGCAGCGCCCGGUCACUCCGGUGGUGGCGCAUCGCGUCUAUUGCGCCCGCGCAGCUGGGCAGCGGUUAGCCGGUCGCGUGGUGGCGAUUAAAUUUGUUGUAUAUAUUAUCCCAUAUCCAAGCAGGUUGUGCCAGACAGGAGCGCGCAAUGAUCCGCGGGCUAGGAUCGAACCAUUUUCCGUGUAAACGUGUAGGAGAGCAAUCAACUGUUUGUGUUUUGUGAUUCGAUUUCGUGAUUUAAUUUCUUUUUUUUUUCCUAUUUUCUAUGUUGGUAUACUGCCGCAUGUGUUUCGUUGGCCCAGUUGCCUAGUAUUGUAAACGAAAUCAAUAGUGUAUAGUUCGUUGGCGUCACCGCUUGGCACGCUCAUUCCAAAUUGCAAUGAGUCAAUCGGUUAAUCGGUGCAAAAAACAAUAACUUUUAAUCCGGUACUGGCGUGGUUGGGUGGCCAGCAUGUUUAAUUUGUGAUAAAUCAUUGGCUUGAGUGAGAUACAGUACAUUUCACAGCAACACACCCACACAAUCCCUGCUCACAAUGAACGCACAUCAAUGCCGCUAACCGGCGUAUGUUUGUGGAGGUUUGUGUUGGAUAUAGGCUGCGCAGAAAAGCGCAAGCAAACAAACUAGUCUUUAGAGCAAAACGCAUAAUAAGAAGAGAUACAAAAAAAAACACACGUUAGCAAUAAUCGAAAAUGGAACGCGCCGAAUCAAUCUCGCACAAUAGGUGAGAAAACCCUUUGCCCGGCAGCGCGCGUUUGCAUUUAACUCGAGUCAACAGUAGCAGCCAACCCGCUGUGAGAAGCUGUCCAGGGUGCACACAGGAGAUUCUUGUGUGCAUGUGUACAGGAGUUACACGGCAGAAGUAGGGAGGUGUGCUGCACCACGCCUGCACAUUACACGCUAUCCAUAGUAGCGUCCUUGUGGCCGUCGCGUCCCAAUUGGGCUCCCCCACAUCACAAGUAUUGUAAUCCGCAGUUUAAUGUUUUCGUUUAACAUCGUUUCCCCAAGUGCUGUGGCUUUUUGUUACAACAGAAUAAAAAUCACAGCAAAGUAAUACUAUGCAAUGCAUGUCCGGAACCGGGCUUGGAAUUAUUUAUUAUUUUUUUAACGGAAUGUUUGUAACCCCCCAGUAGAAAGGGAUAUUAAAUCCAAUUAUUGUGACUUGCGGCGCCCCUCUGUCCCGGAAUGGAAAGGGAAAGAAGAAAACGAUGGCGAUUUUUAAGAAGAAGAAAAGAAAAACAAACGGAACCCCAAUAGAGACUGCUUGACUUUGUCAUAAGUUUUUAGUACGUACUAGCGUGUAAGAAUUACAGUGUUUACAAACAAACAAAUUGUACAAUUGCUCGGUAAAAUUGCGAAAUGCAGCUUAGUAGAGUUGAUCGUGGUAGAUGAAAUUGAGUAGAAAGCAAAUCUGAAAACUGAAAAGGCAACACAAUACGACAAAGAAGAAGAAGAAGAAGAAGAAGAAAAAGAAGUAGUAAUGCCGCUGUGUAAUAUUGCAAUAAUUAAUGAGUAUGGCUGGUCUUGUUCAAUGGCAAGCGGCCGGUGCGUAGGAUAGAUUAAAGCCGAUCUGUGCGUGCGCCUCGCAAGCCCCGUGCGUUUACGUGCGAGUGAGAACGGGGACGGGAAACUGUAAAUGGAACUGUAGAUACUAGCCUGUUUUCGGUUUGCAUUAUACAUACUCCUUCUGCCCCGAGGCCCCCCUGUACAGUUCGUGGCCGUGCGAAUGACAGUAGCCAGAGCAAGCAAGCGAGUAUGGACGUGUUUCAGUAGCAAUCGAUCUGCCAUCUGUGUAUCGCAAUAGAUAUGAACUCAAUGUGCUCAUAAACAAAAA